GUUGUGGAAGCCAAUUUGGUUGCUUUUGACUGUCACUGGAUCAUUAUAAAUGAGGAAAUCAAUGAUGGAGACGUACAGGAUCUGGUGAGAAAGUCAAUUGGAAGAUUAACAAUUAUUCGGCAGAGCUUUCCUGUACCCCAGAACAUCAGUCAGCGCUGUUUCCGUGGGAACCACCGAAUAUCUUCAUCACUUUGUGACCCGAAAGACCCCUUCUCUCAAAAUAUGGAGAUUACCAACCUUUACAUAUACGAUACCGUGUUGUUGUUGGCAAAUGCUUUUCAUAAGAAGCUGGAGGACCGAAAAUGGCACAGUAUGGCUAGCUUGACAUGCAUUAGGAAGAAUUCAAAACCCUGGCAAGGAGGGAGAUCUAUGCUGGAUACAAUCAAGAAGGGUGGAGUGAAUGGCUUGACCGGAGACCUGGAAUUUGCAGAGAAUGGCGGAAACCCCAAUGUUCUGUUUGAGAUCCUAGGGACAAACUACGGAGAAGAACUGAGCAGAGGAAUCCGCAAG